UUUCCACGCUCACGGAGAACACGAGUGUCAGAGUGGACCGUUGGGGAAAAAGUGAGUGGAACAGACCCACGAGUGUUUCUCGGAGUGGAAAAAGACAGAAGAAGAAAAAGUGUGCAGAGGAGAGACACUUUCUGACUCCUCUCACUCUUCUGCGCUCUCAUGUCGCUCCCCGGCUCUCCUCCGCUCCUCUCGCCGGGCUCGGCCGCUCCUCCCCCGGCUGCGCUCUACCGCUCGGCUCCGGACGCGCUCCACACCUCCACGGGCACCUCCAGCCCCGCUCACACCAACUCCAACUCCCACUCCCACUCCCUGUCCCCGUCCCCUCGGCUCACCAGCAGCAUGCUCAGCGCCUUCCUGCCCGGAGGAGCCGGCUCUCUGGGACCUCUCAGCGGGCUCUCCUCGCUCAGCUCAGCCGCUCUGACUCCUGGUUCUCCCGGCUUGGCGCAGACUUCCAACCCGGCUCUGUGCAGCGAGUGUAAGCUGGUGGAGGUCCACGGAGUGAAAGUGGCCAGCUUCAACGUGGACGGCCAGGAGCUGAUCUGCCUCCCGCAGGUGUUCGACCUCUUCCUGAAGCACCUGGUGGGCGGGCUGCACACCGUGUACACCAAGCUGAAGAGGCUGGACAUCAGCCCCGUGGUGUGCACCGUGGAGCAGGUGCGCGUCCUGCGGGGGCUCGGCGCAAUUCAGCCCGGCGUGAACCGCUGCAAACUCAUCUCCAGGAAGGACUUCGAGAUCCUUUACCAGGACUGCACCAGCGCCAGCUCUCGUCCGGGCCGUCCUCCGAAGCGUUGUUCUGGUGCAGGGAUCCAGGAAAGCCCCAGGCUGCUGCACCCGGGCCUCCCCGGCCUGCUGUCCCCCAACCUGCUCUCGCACACGGGUCUGACAGCAGCAGCCAUGGCUGAGCUUCAGAAGCUCCAGAAGAUGAAGAUGAUGAUGAGUCUCCAAAACGGCAACGAGUCAGACAACGACGACUUACACUCCAACACCGGAGGGAGUGAGUGUUCGUGGGAUAAGGAGCGUCUGACCAGCCCCCCUGCUGGAGUCCACAGUGGAGGGCCAGGAGGAGGAGGAGGAGGAGGAGGAGGAGGGCCACAAGUAGGAGCAGUGGGAGGAGGAGGAGCUGUAGGAGGAGGUGCAGCAGUAGGAGGCGGAGGAGGAGGGACGGGAGGAGGGAGGGGGCCGGCCAUCGGAGCCGUCAAUCAACAACAACUCCAGCAGCAACAGCAGCUACUGGCCAACAGGUUGGACCUGCCCUUCAUGAUGAUGCCCCACCCACUGCUGCCCAUGGGACUGCCGCCUGCCUCCGUAGCCAUGGCAAUGUCACAGAUGAACCACCUCAGCACCAUCGCCAACAUGGCCGCCGCAGCCCAGCAGAUACACACUCAUGUACACCGCGCGCCUGUCAUCAAGGAGAGAGUGUGUGACAGUCCCUCUCUCUCUCCAUCUGUGGACGAGACCAACACUCCUCUGCAGUCUCAGCCCAGCAGCUCGGCCUCCAGCUCGCCUGAAAGACUUGGAUUGGUGUCAGCAGAUGCAGAUGUGGUCCUGCCCAACCCAGCUGCACCCAUCAAGAAAAUAACAAAGGACAAAGACGAGUCUCCGCUCAACCAGGCCCUGCCCCCCGGUUUUCCCGCUCCGUUCCUAUUCGCUGACGGCCUAUCGUCAGUGGAGACUCUACUCACCAACAUACAGGGCCUGUUGAAGGUGGCGGUGGAGAACGCCCGGGUGCAGGACAAACAGAUCCAGGCAGAGAAGAGGGAGCUGAAGAUGGAGCUCUACAGGGAACGAGAGAUGAGAGAGAGUCUGGAACGACAGCUGACCUCCGAACUACAGAGCAGAGCCUCCAUCCAGAAGCGUCUGAAGAAGGAGAAGAAAGCCAAGAGGAAGCUGCAGGAAGCGCUGGAGUUCGAGUCCAAGAGGAGGGAGCGGGUGGAGGACGCUCUGAAGAACUCGUCUUCGUCCUCCCCCUCUCCAGAGCCGCAUCACGCCGCCAACAACAACACCGCCACCAAGAACGACGCUGCUGUAGCCGAGGAUAAACCUGAACUUAAUGGAAACCAGCAAGACAACGGCGCUGUACAAGAAUCCCGGCCGUUUCUUAAGACUCCCAUGAUGUUCUAGAAAGACGCAAGACUCCAUCUCCUGUAACCCUGCCCUCCCCCGACGUCUACCUUCCCCCUUCUGCACAGAAGAACUCCACCAGCCCGUUUCGACAGCAACCACGGCUUCUACGGCGGCCCGGAUCACCACAGCAAUGACCUCCCCAGGCGGGAUAGUUUCUUUGCAAACUUUUCAGUGUUGCUACGAAAAACUACAAGACUACUAAGGGACGCAAACGCCCAAAUUUGGACCACUUUUGGGUUGUGUGUCUACUUUUCUUCUCUUUCUUCUUUUUAGACAAACUUUACUCCAGUCGAUCCCAUUUUUCCUCCCUGCAUCGGGACUUCUUCUAUUUCUUGUUUGGUACGAAAACUGAAAAGUAAAGAAUAUUUCCUGGGAAAAGGAAGGACUAAAGUAUCACUACAAAGGAAACGAACUGGACUGGAUAUGGAUGGACAUAUUCACUAUCAACCAGAAGGAAAUGCUUGGAUUAACAUAAUUUGACAUUUUGAAUCGCCCAAUGGCGAACAGCUGUUUCUGAAGGUGAAGGAAAGACAAAAAUGAUGUGAUGAAAACACUAGAGGUUCUUCUUUAUGUUCUCAAAAGACAAGUCAAGUUCCAUGACCUAUGUUUGGAUUUGAAGGAACUUAAGUUAUCCUUAUUGGCUGAUGGUCAACAAUAUCCAGCCAAAACGAGGAGCUCAGGACUGGAGGAAGAGCGUUUUUAGAAAAAGAAGUGGAAUAAAAACACUGAUAGGAAAAAAAAUGAAGAAAAACAGGCGGAAAACAACUUGAGAGGCUAUUUCUGUCUCUCAUGUUUCAUUCAUUUUUGUUUUUCCGUACAGGGACUGAAAAAAAUGCAUGGGAAAACUUGUCUUCUGUUGUCAUUUGGCUUAUUUUAUCCCCCCCAAAAACUCACUUUUUCUUUCUUUAAAUCCGCUUUUAAAUCUUCUCUUUUCUGCUAAACUCCUUCCCUUUUCCCGUCUCUUUCUCCUUUAUUUUCUCUUCUUCUCUCUCUAUAUAAGAAGGCAUUAUUCUGAAAAUGUUGGAUGCAGCUUUUCAAUGUAUGACAUUUUUUCUAUCACCCUUAACUUGUGAAAUCAGUUUCUCAAACAAUGCAAAAGUUAAAAAAAAAACAACCCCUUUUUUUAUUACGAUGGAGUGGUUUUUAGACACGAUAUUAUAUCCUAAAAAGGUACGUUGAAUUAUCUUCCUCCACUUUGGACAUGUUCAUCUUUUGAGCCCUGUUUGAACCCUGUGACCUAAAGCGUUGUAGUCGAGUUUAAUGUGUUUGUGAAGACAGACGAGGAGAGCUUGAUUUAUCAUCACUUCACACAAAAUUUAAUUUGGAAAUCUAAGCCUGAAAUUCCCACAUGGAGUAACAAACAGCACUUCAGGUGCAGAAAUCAAGUGCUUCUCGUCUAGAUCAAACACCAUCCCCUGAUUUCUGACCUAUUAAGAGUGCAGACUGUUGUGUUGCAGUUUUGUUUAUUCCACCGUGUGUUUUUAUUCGUUUGUUUCUGUUAUUUACUAUUUGAAAUGUG